UUUACAUGUUAAGAUUCUCUGGGUCGCACAUAAGCACCGCAGAGGUAUACUCAGUCAGUUAGAAGCUGUUGACCACAGCAAGGCGGUGGCUUACAAAAAAGGGUUCAAGACCUUAAAGUCAACAAUAACAUUAUUUGGUUUUUUCGUUGGCAUGUGGUGCGCUUUUAUAGCGUUACGUGGAAUGGGUACUAUUAUUUUUGGCAGCAAUGCUCCUGUUUUGAAAAUAUGGCAGGAGUUGAUUUCUAAACCACUUCUCAUUGUAUUUUUACUGAAUCCCAUAGUGUUUGCAGCAAAAAGAAUUGUUAAAAGCAAUGAAAAAAUGUCUGAAACUUGUGUCCCAA